CCAUGACCCCUGCGAAAAAUUAACAGGGAUGCAUUUGAAUAAUGACGAGAGCUCCAAGAUUUCGAAAGUAUAUAUAGCGGGACGACCUCCCUAGGGUUUUUGUUUUACCUGAAUCAUUUACAUACACAUAGAUACAGCCCAUCUAGAGAGAAGAGAGUUAAGAUAGAAAAAUGGGGGGAAGGCCUAAAUGCUUUCUGGAUAUCACCAUUGGAGGAGAGCUGGAGGGGAGAAUUGUUGUGGAAUUGUAUAACGAUGUAGUCCCCAAAACAGCAGAGAAUUUCAGGGCUUUGUGUACUGGAGAGAGGGGCAUUGGGCCUAAUACUGGUGUCCCUCUCCAUUACAAGGGAUGCCGUUUUCACCGUGUCAUCAAAAGCUUUAUGGUACAAGGUGGUGAUAUUUCUGCUGGUGAUGGAACUGGAGGGGAAUCCAUUUAUGGACUGAAAUUUGAAGAUGAGAAUUUCGAGCUGAACCAUGAAAGAAAGGGCAUGUUAUCUAUGGCCAAUUUAGGACCCAACACAAAUAAUUCCCAGUUUUUCAUCACUACAACUCGCACUUCCCAUCUAGAUGGAAAGCAUGUUGUGUUUGGAAGGGUUAUCAAAGGCAUGGGAGUUGUGCGAUCAAUUGAGCACAUCACUACUGGAGAUAAUGAUUGUCCCACAGUUGAUGUUGCAAUUUCAGAUUGUGGAGAAAUUCCAGAAGGGGCAGAUGAUGGUAUCACAAACUUCUUCAAAGAUGGUGAUUUGUAUCCCGACUGGCCUGCUGAUAUCGAUAACAGUUCUAAUGAGCUCUCUUGGUGGAUUACUUCUGUGGAGUUAAUUAAGGGAUAUGGAAAUGAAUGUUUCAAGAAACAAGACUAUAAGAUGGCUCUCAGGAAGUACCGGAAGGCUUUGCGCUAUUUGGAUGUCUGCUGGGAAAAGGAAUGGAUUGAUGAAGAUAAGAGUGUUUAUUUGAGAAAGAUGAAGGCACAGAUAUUUACCAACAGUUCUGCUUGUAAACUGAAACUGGGAGAUUUGAAGGGAGCACUCUUGGACACAGACUUUGCUCUGCGUGAUGGUGAAAACAAUGCUAAGGCCUUGUUUCGCCAGGGUCAGGCACACAUGUCUCUCAAUGAUAUAGAUGCUGCAGUAGAGAGUUUUAAGAAAGCAUUGGAUUUGGAGCCAACAUGUUAUGCCAUUAAAGUAAUGAGUGUGUCCUUUAAACGUGAUCAUUGGCUUAAUAGUCUUACUUGGUUCAGUUAA